CCCGAUUACCUCGUUUCGCGUUUGUGUGGGCGUGUGCAUGGGUUUGUGUCAACAUCUGUUCCCGUUUGGGCAAGACUUUCAUUGUCUUGCUUUUAAUAACUUCCUUGCCUCUGCUGUUUAUCACGGUCCACGCCGGCAUCUUCGUGCAUUCGGUGGCCCCUUUCCCGAUCUGCUGUAUACUGUAUACAGUACUUUAUUGUUAUUAUUGUUGCUGUUAUUUUGCAUACCCUUUGUGAUCGUUGCAGGAAAACCAUUUCCGCGACCUCUCCAGGGACUUCCACUCCCUCUAGUGGUUCUUCAUAAAUAACAGUAAAACACUCAGCCAUUUCGCGACUGUCCCAUUUCUAAGCAAAAUCUCCCUCGGGGAGAGGUGGGGAGGGAGGUCACAAAGUUCAAGGGAAUUUCUCAAGAGCCAAUAAGCGAGAUGGGCACCAGCAGCUUCGGUUGCCGAUACUGAGCAUGCUCGGAGGAGGUGGAGCAUGCUCACUCCCUCUUUCCAAGGUACGGAUGCCGAGCGAGGGAGCCUCGGCGCGGAUAGGGAGCAAAGCCAUGGAGGGUGGAAGGAAGCGGCGGAGCUGGCGAAGCGCCUCUUUCCCGCUGCUGCUGCUGCUGAGUCUCGCCCUUGAGCUCGUCCUGCCGGUCGCCCAGGCUCGGAGCCUCCGCUUUGUUACCUUGGUGAGCAGCAGGAAAGGGAGGCAAGAAAAGAAAGAAAGGGAUUAAGGGGGGCGAUCUUUUUUGGGGGGGUUGUCACGUGACACAAGGCUUCCCAAGCCCCAAAUGGCCAGCAAGGAAAAGGAGGAAAAUCUCGAUCUGCCCUUUUUAAAACAACAACAACACACCCAUGGAAUUCGUGUUGAAAACAAGUGGCUUUUCUUCGCUGCAUGUUGCGCUUUGCAAUCGAAGCCGAGAUCGCGAUUCUCCGUUAAGAAAAUAAUCGAAAAUUGCAAGGGUUUGGGUUUAAUAAUCAUCAUCAUCAUCGCCCUAAGUAUUGGUAUAGCAGGAGCCAGGGAAGACCCAAGAAGAUCAGGGUGCUUGGUCCCCACCCCCCACCCCUCCGCCACUUUCUUUCUUUGCUGCGUAUCUACCAGCGCCUUCGGCUAUCUUGAGAGCCGGCUGCAGGGCUUGACAGCAACCUCGCCUCGCUUCAGGGUUGGGGUGGAGCAAGAGCCCUAGUGAUCUCUGGCCCGAGGCAAAAUGCAUGGGAAUUGGGCAAACAGGAGAGGUAGAGGACGCCAGCACCUGCUAGCUAACGGUGAACUAUUUUGGUUUUCAGUUAUACCGCCAUGGAGACCGCUCUCCUGUGAAGGCAUACCCCCGAGAUCCCUAUCAGGAAAGCGCCUGGCCUCAGGGAUUUGGGCAACUUUCUCAGGUGGGUAUAUGAGAAAAAGCGACCUGUGGGAAACUGAACCCCAAGGAGACCCAUUUCCCAACAGGAGAAAGCAGAACUAUUUUCUUUGAAGAUGAAAUUGUGUCAAAACAUGGCAUGUUGUUAUUUGUGGUGGUGGUGGGGUAAUUCUGCAUACAGCUCCAGUCUGAGGUUUCCUCUUUUGCCACUGCUGCUGCUGUUUUUCCUCUUGGGAGCUAUUUUUAGUUCCACUUUCCUUUUCUCUUUCCUACCCCGGGGAAAUGACAGUGCCUUUUAAAAUCAGAUAAAGCAAUAACUUUAUUCAAAAGACAAGAGUUUUCCCUGUUGUUCUUGUUGUUUUUAUAAAAGCAAAAUAUGUGUAGCUUACAAACCUGCAAAACAUGUUGCGGGGGGAGCGGAGGGCUGUGUCAUUCAUUUCAGAACAGAUUUUGGUUAACAUUUCGUGUGUCAGCAGUGGUCAGGCUGUAACUAUUUGUUCUCAUUUUCGUUGGUGUGUGGUUGUGCAAGUAAGCACAAAAACCUGCUUUGCUGUUAAUUUGUUGCUGUUGAUACGCCUAGGAAGGAAUGCAGCAGCAGUGGGACCUUGGUCAAGCACUUCGAAGGCGUUAUAAUGGAUUCCUCAAUUCCUCAUACAAUAGACAAGAGGUUAGUGCAUUGUCGCAAAUUGCUAGAGGUAUCAUGACCAUGCAGUGUCCUCUUUGCCCUCCCUGUAUUAAAAUCUCUUUCCUCUAAGUAAGUGGCUGAGGAAAAUAAUGGAACAACAUGAAAGCCUGUUUUUUCAAAUGGCAUCUUCCGUGUAAACAGUUUGUCAAAUCCCUGCUUGGGUUAAAAUAGCAAAGGAACAAUAAACAAUUGCUGACCAGGGCAGUGAUGUAAAGGAAAGUAAAAGGAAUAAGAUGGCAUCUGAGAUGGACUGGACUUUGUUUGGCCAAACAGGCCACUCAAGACAAAGGGAAUCGCACGGGACACAAUAAGAGACUGGGGUACUUGAUAAGAGUAUGGAUCAGAUGAUUUUCUCCUGCUCUCAUGCCAGUGGAUGGACCUGUUUGAGCGUGUUUGUUGAAAAAUCUCUUGAGAACUCUCAGGAGUUCUCUGGUGAGUUGGCCUGUAGUUUUCCACUGCCUUUUUUCUCAGUGAUGAAAGCAGAUAAUGGAAGGCAUGGCCCAUGAACCAAAUUCAGGUAAAUACAACAGUAAGAACAUCUCCCAAACCCUGUGAUGCACUUCAGCUGUCAAGCAGGAAUUUAUGACGUCUGACUUGCCUUGCCCCAUGCACAAAAACCUGCCCAACUGGAUUGUUAACCACCUUCUGGUGUUUUUAUUUAACUUUGUCUCAGUGCUACUCAGUAAACAGUUUUAAAUGUGCAUAAAGGACAAUAUGAAAUGGAGCAAUAGGCCUAUUUUAUUCCUGUUAGGAACAUUGUUUUUAUUUAUUUAUUUCUACAUUUAUAUCCCACCUUUUCCUCCAAGGAGCUCCAGGUGGCAUACACAGUUCUCCUUCCCCAUUUUAUCUUCACAACAGCUCUGUGAGGUAGGCUAGGCGGAGGGACAGCGACUCACCCCAGAUCACCCAGGGAGCUGCCUGGCCGAGUGGGGAUUUGAAUCCUGGACUCCCAGGUCUAGUCUGGCAGUCCUAACUGUGGCAACGCUGGUGUGGUGUUAUAGCAUAGCAUGACUGUUCUACAGCAGCAGCAUAUAUUAGACAACGUGUUCUUCCUAUGCAACAGCUUCUUGUAGGCCCUCAAAUUUUCCAGCGAAAGCUACAAUUUAAAUGAUGAUGAAAGCUCUUCAGGAACAUUUUUAUUAGCCUUUGUGCCCAUCCUGUUAGAGCUCAACCUAGGUAGGCAACAGCAGUGCUGCUUUGGGGAUUUCUUCCUGUGUCAGUUUCCAAGCUAAGUGCUGCUUCAUGCGAUGGGCCCUGCAGUUCCACCAUGGUCAGCUGUGGUCUCUCCUUUGUGUAACACCUCCAGGAGAUUUGCAUGCCUGGAAACACAGUUCUAGAAACUGUGAUUGGCUGAGGCUUCCAGAAGUCUGCUUAGCACACCUAAAGAACUCCACUAAUGCUCUUUAGGUGUGUCCAAAGCUCAAUCAGUUCUUGUUGCAAGUGGGGUAAUUGCUCUUUGGCUGCAAUGUGUGAAGUGGCAAUGAGACAGAGAACUGAAAGCCAUCUCAACUCAUCCUGGCCACAGAUCAUCCCCCAUAUUAUCCGCCUGCUGGCCCAGCCCAGGAUGAAUUGAGAGCAGGAGCCCUGCUUCUGUUGCCUUCGCUGCUUGUGCCUUCUAAGCUGAUGCCCUGCCAAUCUGGGUAUGCUGCAUGUAACUUGCACAUAUUGCAGAGAGGACAUUUUCAAGCCCCACAUCUUUGUUCCCUUGACUGCAUUACAGUCAUUGCUGACAUAGUGGCUGCACCUGGAAAUACAGCAGUAGUGGCAACUGAAGAAGGUGUCAGAGGGAAAGUUGCAGAGGGUUUUCUCUUGUGACAUGUAGCUUGGGCUUGCUCUGGAGCAAUUUGGUCUCCAGGCAUCUAUUGUUUCUUGGUGAAACAGCAUGGUCAAGUGACUUCUAUGGGGCUUGAAGGCAAGAGUCUUGACUCUUGUACAUGGGAGUAGGAUUGAAUAGCUAUUGAGGCCUGAAAAUUGUACAUUGUUUUAAAUUUGGCUGUAAGUCAUUUUGGGUUGCCUUGGGCAAGAUAAAGCAACCAACAAAUGUAAAUGAAUGAAUGAACCUGCACCCCACCUCAUAUGCCUUGUAGAGUGGAUAUAUCGACAAGCAGCACUUUUCUAGUUGCUGCUGAACUUCCUGGAAAAGCCUGUGUCGCACCUGGUCUGAUUCAGCCCAUUCCUCUCAGAGCUGAAGACUAAAUCUAACCCAGGCACCUCUCAGCUUCCACUAUCUGUUGCUUAUCUUCAGGUAGCUCAGCUUGCUAUCUUUUUGGAAGACUAAUGGAAAAAAAACUAAUAUACUGUGUGCUGACAGUUGUCUUUUUAAAAGACUGCGCCAAGCCCACUGAACUCAUUUGAGAGCAGACCAAAAUAUGUGGAGUAAAGGUUCACAUUCUGAAAUGCUUUGGGGAAUAACAACAUCAGGUGCCUGUUGAAAACAAAGACUAGUUAAAGAAACAGGGAUAAAUUAAGGGAUUGGGAAUUAUCUCAAAGGGUGCUUAUUUCCACACUGUUUUGAUUACGUUAUGCACUGGUGUUCUUAAGUCCUAGGCUAUGACAUACACUCCCUUCUUAGAACUCAAUUUGUUUAUUUGCAUAAGUGAAGAUUCAAGUGGAAUAUCCUGUUUGGAGGGAGCUGAUUUAUUUUGCCCUGCAGGUUUUGUGCUGUCAUAGACACACUCCUGUUAGUGACUUGCCCACCAGGGACAUUGAAGCAUUAAAUUCCUUGUGGAGAAUGAUACGUAGAGGCACAUCUGUAGGGCUCUAAGAUAGGGGUUACAGACAACAUAUCUGAUUUCCACAGACAACAUAUGCAGGCUUCUUCAGUCUGUGCCAGUUCCCCUCCAUUCCAUAUGUCCUUUAGAUAAUUAGGGGACCACUAUAUGAUCUUUCCUUGUAGCUAGCCUAGAACAACACUUUGCAUUUUCAAGCCAUGAUACAACAGCGCUCAGCUCAGCAUUCAGCGUGGGUGGCCUGUAGCCUUGGAAAGUGACACACACAUAACUCAAGGCUAGAACAUCUGUGUUUUGGAUUUGUGAAGUUCCAUUGCCAUUUCUGUAGCUUCCCUAACCACAGCUAUGCUUGAUUUUCUAGCUCAUCUGCUGCCUCUACUUUACUUUCCCUCCCAAGCUCCCAUCCUAUUUCCUGGCUUUCUAUAGCAGCUCAGAUACUCAAUAGCAAUGCGUAUCAAAUUGUUCUUUGAUCAGACUCUGUUGGGACCUGUUUAUUGCCGGCUUCCUCACUAUGUCUCUUGUUAAGAGCAUGUCUAAAUCAGAUCAGCACCGCAGCAGAACCAUGAACAUAAAUGACCUUCUGUAUUUGAUGCUAUACUCUGGCAGAUCUACAUACGCAGCACAGAUUUUGAUCGGACCCUGAUGAGUGCCGAGGCCAAUCUGGCAGGACUGUACCCUCCAGAAGGGUGGCAAGUGUUCAACCCCAAUAUUUCUUGGCAGCCUAUUCCUGUCCACACAGUACCUGACUCAGCAGAGCAUGUAAGUCACUUUCAGACCUAAGUACCAGUAGACUGGACCUUCUUGCAUUAAAAACUUCUCUCUCUCUCUCUCUCUCUCUCUUCAAUUGUUUUCAUCUACCCUGAAUGCUGCCAUUCCACUUCUUCAUCCUGACUCCUUAGCGAUUCCUGUUUUGGAGCAAGUUGCAUUUCUCAGGCCCCGUUUCACCUGUUUGGAGGCAGGCAGCCUCUCUUAGAAGUAUCACUUUGCUUUCAGCAAUUAGCCCAUUAACAAGCAGAUGCAACAGUUAGCAUUGCUUGUAAAGAUGGAUUCACGGUCAAAUGAUCCUCUUAGUGAACAUCUCUAUUUUGCCUCUGUCCAGCUCCUGAAGUUUCCAUUAUCUCCCUGUCCCCGUUACGAACAGCUGCAAAAUGAGACCCGGCAGACAGCAGAGUAUGUGAAUAAGACCAUCCAGUACAUGGUAUGCCAAGCUUGAUGUACUUCUCUAUCUCUUUAUACAAUGGUGGCGGCAUGGAGAGAUGGAAGAGCUGACUGUCCUUUGCUCCUGCAGGGAUUUCUGGAGAUGGUGGCAAACAAGACGGGAAUUCAGGAUGUCUCCCUCGAGUCGGUCUGGAGUGUAUAUGACACACUCUUCUGUGAGGUGAGCUGUCCAUCUGUAGUCAUUAGUCAUUUGCCCUACAACCCAUUUAGUAUCAGAAGCUGUCUGUGCUCUUGGCUCUAGAACCCAGGCUCAGGGGCCAAAUGCAGCCCUCAAGGCCUUUUUGGCAGCCCUUGGCAACAUGAGGUGUGUUGGCAGCCCUUGCACUGCCAGAUGAGGAGGUGUGAGGGCUCUGACAGGGUCCUGGAGUCUUCCUGUCUCCUUCCCAAAGCCUAGUUAGUACUUUCCUAGCUUUGGGGAGGAGUUGGGAGGGCUCUGGGACCUUGCCAGAGCCUUGGCCUCCUUCCGAAAGUCUGGUGCCUUGGUUAGCCGGCAGUAUGAGGACUGUGGGGGGUCAAAUUUGGCCUCGCUUCUCCCCCCCCAAACGGGUGCGACAAAGCCGUGUGUGGCCCACAGGUUCCAUGCUAAAUUACUCUUGUGGCCCACUUGGUAUGAAAAGGCCACAUUCUCUCUCCCCAGGCUACACCUCUUGCUACCCCUGCUCUGCACCUUCCUUGAGUGCUUUUGCUUGCUUGGAGGAUGCAGAGCUAGCUGUGUGUGUGUGUGUAUGUAUAGAAAGCUCUGGUCUCUGUGUGGCUGUAACAUAGCCAGCUGCACAAAAGAAAGAGUCACAUCUGUUGUUCCACCCACUUUUUGCCUUUGUCCUCACCCACCACUGACAUGUGACCACCCAAACAAAUUAACAAACAGCCCCCCCCCCCAAAGAUUUUAAAAACUGGGAGGGGGCAAAAGGCCUUAGUGGGCACCAAGGGAGUUACCCACUACACUAGGGGCUCCAUUUCUGGCAGACCCUUCCACAUGGCCCUAAUUGUGGUCUAGGGAUGUGGGUGGCACUGUGGUUUAAACCACUGAGCCUCUUGGGCUUGCCGAUCAGAAGGUUGGCGGUUCGAAUCUGCACAAUGGGGUGAGCUUGUGUUGCUUUGUUCCAGGCUCCUGCCAACCUAGCAGUUCAAAAGCAUGCCAGUGCAAGUAGAUAAAUAGGUACCUCUGUUGUGGGAAGCUAAAUGGCGUUUCCGUGUGCUCUGGCUUCUGUCACGGUGUCCCGUUGUGCCAGAAGUGGUUUAGUCAUGCUGGCCACAUGACCUGGAAAGCUGUCUGUGAACAAACACUGGCUCCCUCGGCCUGAAAGCGAGAUGAGCACCGCAUCCCAUAGUUACCUUUGACUGGACUUAACCAUCCAGGAGUACUUUACCUUUACUUAAUUGUGCUCUAAUGGGAAAACUGCAUUGAGAAGCGAGAUGAUCGCAAGAGAACAGAGCAGAUUUGAAACUUCCUUCCGACACAAUUUCUGUUCACAGAAAUUCUUUUCUGUGGGAAAGGCUUAUCCUGUCUACUUUAGAGUCAGCCACAGAUGUGCGAAGAAGCUUCCCUUGUCAAGUUGAGAAACAGGUGUUAGUGCAACGUUAAAAUUUGCAUAAUCAGUUUUAACUUAAAAGUGUGAGCAUCACAGUCAGACACGUUAGACCUGAAACUCCAUGCAAGUAAUAAUGAAUAUUGUGUCACUUGGAUAAGUAGAUUGGGAGUUUACAAAAUGAAGGCUACCGGAGGCUGUUAGGAAAGCACAGUUCCUUCCUCUGCAUCCCCAACCCUUGAGCACACCAAAGAUUUGAAAGCAAAGUAUUUUCUCUGCAUCCCCAACCCUUGAGCAUACCAAAGAUUUGAAAGCAAAGUAUUUUCUCUUCAUGAAUUCUGAUCAUAAUGACUGUUGAGUUUUGAUCCAAACAGUAUUGCUUUACAAAUGCAUCUGUGGUCCUGGGUUGAGGUGUUUAAGUUCAGAGGGCAAAGAUUUGCCUUAGACCAUAGGACUAGCUCAUCCCCGGACCGGCGGCCAUAACUCGGGGGGGGGGGGGCUUUCAUUCUUGUUCGCCUAGUUUGUAUCUCUGAGUGGCCUCUCUCUCUCUCUUGUGACAUCUUUCCAGAAAACACACAAAAAACAUCUUCCCGAUUGGGUAACUCUCAAUGUGAUGACUCAGCUGAAGCAGCUGAAAGAUUUCAGCUUCGAAUUCCUCUUUGGGAUCCACAAACGGGUGGAAAAAGCUCGUUUGCAGGGUGGUAAGUGAAAGAACAUGGAAGGCAGGUUGGGAAGGAGUGGAGGAGCAUUCAUUCACUGGUCAAGAACUAGGUUCUGAUAGUUUGUUCUGUUUCUGCAGGGGUCCUUCUGUCUCAAAUAAGGAAAAACCUUACUCUUGCUGCAAAUGCCUCCACACCUCGCCACUUCAAAAUGCUAAUGUACUCAGCAGUAAGUUUGUUUCUGGGAGGUGUGCUUGCCUUCUCCUUAUUACCAUCUUGUGAACAAAAAAAAACCAGCUGCAGCUUCCAGCAGAGAUUCUCCUGCUCUGUGAAAGAAAUAAGCAAAUUAGCACUUCCGUCUCUUUGCAGCAACUACAGAUGCUACAGAAAAACCCCCAGAUGCUCUCACAAGCAACAGAGAACUUUGUCACUUAGCAUCACCUUGUAGUGCAGUUCCCAAUGUUCCGCUUAGUUUAUUUAUUUACUUACUAAAUGUGUUAGUCGCUUUAUCUUGUCCAGGGCAACCCAAAGCAACUUACAACCAAACAGGGUGUUGAAAUAGGUGCCAGCCUUUUUUCCAUGGUGCUGGAGCCCCUUUCUUAUUCUUCCUACCAGCACUUGGGAAUCUCUGCCAAUCUGCCUUUUUCUGAAAUGUGGUUUUAAGUCCCCCUUCCAUAUGCACAAAGGAGAUGUUCACAUUUUUCUUCCUCUUUCUCAGCAUGACACAACCCUUGUGGCACUGCAGAUGGCUCUGGAUGUUUACAGCGGGAGGCAACCACCAUAUGCCUCGUGUCAUAUAUUUGAGCUGUAUCAGGAGGAUGAUGGGUGAGGGCUUCAUGAAGCAAUAUCAGUCAAAGGAAAUAGUAUUCAGAGGCAAUAAUCUAUCAGCCUGCUGUACCUUAACUUUUGUCCACAUAUUCACAGGAGAUGAAAUGAGGUAAAAGUAAGACUUGCAAUCUUAAGAUGAAGAAGGGUUUAUACUUCUCUCCCCUGUGCUGAUGGAGUUACCAGUGAAUAUAUUAGUAAAGCCUUACGUCUGAUAUGACUGUGAUAGAAUUCCAAGCAGGAAUAUCAACAGUAUUUUUAUGCAUCUCUGAAUUUAAGAACACCUGACAAAGCACAUAUAGUAUAUUCCUGUUAACAGUCCUGUUUGUAACCCAAGGUACCACUGUACUUUUAGGAAUUAUUUGUAAGUAACAUCCAGUCUAAUUUUUAGUUUUUGCCCCUUGCUCAAGAACAAGGAGGGACGCGGGUGGCGCUGUGGGUAAAAGCCUCAGCGCCUAGGGCUUGCCGAUCGAAAGGUCGGCAGUUCGAAUCCCCGCGGCAGGGUGCGCUCCCGUUGCUCGGUCCCAGCGCCUGCCAACCUAGCAGUUCGAAAGCACCCCCGGGUGCAAGUAGAUAAAUAGGGACCGCUUACUGGUGGGAAGGUAAACGGUGUUUCCGUGUGCUGCGCUGGCUCGCCAGAUGCGGCUUUGUCACGCUGGCCACGUGACCCGGAAGUGUCUGCCGACAGCGCUGGCCCCCGGCCUCUAGAGUGAGAUGGGCGCACAACCCUAGAGUCUGUCAAGACUGGCCCGUACGGGCAGGGGUACCUUUACCUUUACCUUUUUUUCAAGAACAAGGAGGGACAACCCAGCAUUUGUUAAUUUCUAGCAUUUCUCAUACAUCUAAGGGUGGAAGGGGGUUGUAUGGUGAUUCAGGGCUUGAUUCCAGCAGAAAACAUGAUAUGAAGACGACGGCAAAUAAUCAGAAUCUCAGUUCCUCUCUUCCCUGUUUUGCUCCUAGUAACUUUUCAGUGGAGAUGUUCUUUCGGAAUGAGAGUGGGAAGGAGCCUUACCCAGUGCAGCUGCCUGGCUGCGCACAGCGUUGUCCCCUGCUGAAUUUCCUGCAACUCACCAAGCCUGUUAUUCCACAGGACUGGAAACAAGAAUGUCAGAUAGCAAGCAUCAUAAAAGACACAGGUGAGUGGAGGCUGUUCCAGUAGAUAAGCCAAAGGAGGACUGAAGUGAUUUCAAGUGCCAUAAGCAAUUUUUUUUUUUCAUCUCACCCUCUGCAGAACUUAUUGUGGUUUUGGCUGUCUGUGGAUCCAUCCUCUUCCUGCUUAUUAUCCUGCUCCUCACAGUACUCUUCCGUUCCAAGUCCCAGCCUCCUGGUUACCGGCACGUUUCCAAUGAAGGAGAGGAACAGCCUUGACAUUUGCUCCAGCCCCUCCUGAGGCAGCAGGAGAGCACGGUGCUGACUCUAGAGACAAGAGGGGCUUCUUUCAGUGACUAAGGGUCUUCUUCAUUUGUCCUGAUUGGUGCUUCUAAGCCAAAAGGCCCAGACUCUGCAGUGGAGCUGUUGUGACUAUCGGAUGCAGUCGAGCUGCCAAGCGAAUAAUACAGUCAUGAACUAGGAGUGAAAUGCAAACAUGAUUUGGGGUUGCUUUUUGCCAGUACGUGACUCGUUCUAUCAAGGACCCCGUCUUCAAUAUGCUGAAGUCUCUGCUAGUGGUGCAGAAUGGGCAGCCUUCCCAACUGAAACCUGCUGCUCCUCAGAAAGCCUUGCUUCCACCUGGCAGUUGUUACUUGAACCUCCCUGAACUGUGGGAAAGGGGCCUGGUGCUAUAACUGCCUUCUCCAGCUGAGUUAUUAACUGGGAACCAAACCACUGCCUCUCUGUCUUACGUACUUGGCUCUUAGCCACUGGGUCCAUACAGAAGGAUAAGGUUGGGGCUGGACCCAAUCUUACAUAACAGAGGAAAAAAUGACUUUCUCAAAAGCAGCCUUCUUCCCAUUUGUCACUGACUACAGAAAUUCAGUCAGUGGAACGCAGUACACUUCCUCUGUCUCCCCACUAUUUUCAGCCUCAACGUAUUCUUACAAAGCAGUGCAGCUUUGUGUUUAGUGGGAAGUGAACUAGUGGAAUUUAGAAGUGCUUAUUAGCAAAGGCCUGGCUAGAAUCAUUCUUUAAAUGCCCUAUAUCAUGUACAAUAUUCUGGACCAGCAGAGAUUCAAAGAAAAUCUGCUGUUUUAAAAACAAAGGUAAGUCUCUGAGGCAGAAAAAGAUGCAAACGUAGCUAAGUAUGUUGCCCUAUAGAAAGAAUCUUCGUGUAUCAUGUGUAGCAUGAGAAUUUCACGGUAAGGGUCUGCAGCUUUUGUGGAAAACCCUCCUAUCAUGCCACACUUUAUAGAUGACGGCAUACAUAUUUUUUCUAAUACAUCUUCAAGCACUUUCUCAUCUGACAUGCAAAGAACACAAAAAUAAUCAUCUCUGCUGUUCUAAAAACACAAAGAAAUUAAGAACACUCACCGCUGCACACAAAUGUCUUGGGUACAAACAAGAAGACAAAAGCAAGCCCAUACCCAGUCUUGAACAGAAGUACUUCUGAGCAUAUACAGAGUGUGUUUCCUUCAUGCUUGAAAAACUUCAGCUUACCUGCUCUCUACAUACACUAAGGAAUAAGAGUCCAGGCAUGAUUGCAAACACAGGCACGAGUUCCCCAGCAUGCUUUGCAAUCAAAUAACGCAGUCCUCCUCUCCAAAAAACUGAACACACUCUUUGCUUUUCUCUCCUCCCCGCUGCUUCCCAUCCCCUUUCAGACAUAGCUCCUCAAAACAAGAAACAAGUCUUCUCUCCGCACAUUUCUCUGUCCUGCUCCCAUAGGCAAGAAAGCCUCAUUCCUUCAUCUUCACCCAGGGCUCAGUCCAGGAAAUCUGAGGCCAAAUCCAGAAAACAGAGUCUUUCCUUUCCCUCCUUAAAAGUAGCCCAUGCUGGUUUUUCUCCCCACCUUUCCUAAGUGCAGCAACUGAAUUCUUCAGAAAAGAAUCAGAGGCUUGAAAAGAACAAGAGGUGCUUCAUAAGAACUUCACUUGUUUGGUGUUUUCCCUUGGAUGCAGAGAGGAAGCCAGGAUUUUUAAAUAUGGGAGCUGGAUGAGAAAGCAGCUCUGCUGAGUGGGAAGAGUUAGUUACUGGGAGAACAGCAAUCAAUGUUUAAAAUGGCCAGUGCAAUUAUUAUUUUUUUAAUGAAAAAAAGUGCCAGUACUCACCAUGAAGUUCUUACAGUAAGUGCUGCACUUUUAACAUUUGGAGGGGGCGAGGUGCCGGCACUGCAUAUCCUUGAAUACCCCUAGGAAAAAACCACUGGAAAUAACAGACAUAUCUAAGCAUGGGAUUGUGGGGAGUUGGCAGUCCUAAUCUUUCCCCCAGAAAGAUGUUCUGCUCAUUCUGAGGCUUCAGCAAAUACAUUAAAAUAAACACAGAGUAUUCCUGUCCCUCACCACAUUACCCAUCUUCCUAGUAAUCAUAUUUAUUGAUGCUUCCAUAGCAACUAGCGCUAUGCAAGAACCACCCUCCUAGGUAAGGCCAAAGUUUCAUGACAGUGGCCAGUCAGGUGCCUAUGGGAAGCCUACAAACAGGACCUGAGUGCAACAGCACUCUCCACACUUGUGAUUCCCAACAACUACUUUCAGAGGCAUACUGCCUCCAACAAUGGAGGUGGAGCAUAGUCCCCAUGAAUUUGUCUUUCAAAGUCACUCAAAGCCACUUUCUGCGCUGCAGCUUCUCACUGUUGAUAAGAGACCUGAAGAGUUCUGGGUUGACAAAGUCCAUUAUAUUAUUGCAGAGCAGCUGGUAAAAUGUGGGCUGCAUGAGGUAAUUGUUUAGGGGGAUUUGUAGCACUGGCAGAGGAAGGGGGUGCCUGGGUGUCAUCCCUUGGGGGGUGACAUCACCCCUCACCCCCCUGGGAUGCUUGCCCCACCCCCACAGGCAGCUAGCCCCCCCCCCAGUGCACAGCAUGUGUGCUGCUUCAGGUGCUAGAGCAACUAGCUCCGCCUCUGAUUUGUAGCUGAUUGACUGACCAAACCCAAAGAGUGCUUACUAAUGGUUCCUCAUCAUCGUGGAUAAAAGUGACGAGUGGGGUGCUGCAAGGUUCUGUCCUGAGCCCGUUGUUAUUCAAUGUCUUUAUAAACUUGGAUAAAGGCAGGGCUGUUUUUCAACUGGAACUCGCCGGAAUUCAAUUCCAGCACCUCUCAGGUGGGCACCAUUGCCAUUAUAAGAGAAGGGAGGCAUUCAUGGUGAGUUCUGGCACCUUUUACCAGAAAAAUAGCACUAUGUAAAGAUAUUGAGCAUAUGCUCAUCAAAUUUGCAGAUGACACCAAACUGGGAGGGGUAGCUAAUGCCACAGAAGACAGAAUCAGGAUUCAAUACAGUGGUGCCUCGCAAGACGAAAUUAAUCCGUUCCGCGAGUCUCUUCGUCUUGCAGUUUUUUUGUCUUGCGAAGCACGGCUAUUAGCGGCUUAGCGGCUAUUAACGGCUUAGCGGCUUUAAGUAAAAGGAAACAAACUCGAAAGACGUUUCGUCUUGCGAAGCAAGCCCAUAGGGAAAUUCGUCUUGCGGAACGACUCAAAAAAUGCAAAACCCUUUCGUCUAGCGAGUUUUUCAUCUUGCGAGGCAUUCGUCUUGCGGGGCACCACUGUAUGACCUUAACAGAUUGGAGAACUGGAUCAAAGCUAAGAAAAUUAAUUUCAAUAGGGACCAAGGUAAGGUUCUGCACUUAGGCAGGAAUAACCAAUGGGGACACCUGGCUUGCCAGUAGAAAGUGAACUCAGGGUCUUAGUGGACCACAAGAUUAAGGUGAGUCAACAGUGUGAUGCAGCAGUAAAAAAAGCUAAUGCUAUUCUACGCUGCAUCAACAGAAGUAUAUUGCCCAGAUCAAGGGAAAUAAUAUUCUGCCUUAGUCGUACCACACCUGGAGUGCUGUGUCCAGUUCUGGGCACUACAAUUUAGGAAGGAUAUUGACAAGCAGCAACAUAUGCAGAGAAAGGUGACCAAGAUGAUCAAGGGAUGAGAGGAGAUAUGAUAGCCAUCUUCAAAUAUCUAAAGGGCUGUCACAUGGAAGAUGGAAAAGUCUUGUUCUCUCCUGCUCCAGAGUGUAGGACCAGAACCAAUGGAUUCAAGUUACAAGAAAGAAGAUUCCAGCUAAACAACCAGAACUUUCUGACAGCAAGAGCUGUUCAACAGUGGAAGAAACUUGCUCAGAAGGUGGUUGGCGCCCCUUCCUUGGAGGUUGUUAAGCAGAUGUUGAAUGGUCAUCUGUUAUGGUUACUUUGGUUGAGAUUUCUGCAUUACAGGGGGUUGGACUAGAUGACCCUCAGAGUCCCUUCCAACUCUACAAUUUUAUGAUUCUAUGAACCUGCAUAUAUUAAUUUUUCCAACUGCUGAUCACCCAACUGCAUGGCAUGGCUCCUGCAGGGCAGGAUGCAAGCACAGAGCCAAAUGAAGUCCAGCACAAUGGGUUGAUUACAUGUAUUUCCUGCAAGCCAGGUAAAAAAAUCAAGAGGGGCAAAAUUUAAAGUUGUCUGCUUUGGUACAAAUUGAGGGCAUAAAAUGUUUCUGUGAUUUAUUGUUUGAGUCUAUGAUUGUUGUCUUUGUAAUUCACUUGGAUAAUUUUCUUAACCUCCCCCCCAAUUAAAAACCAAGUGGAGAAAAUCAA